AUGUCGAUCCACGGCCAAAUCCUCGAAGUCACAGGUACGCGGAGACGGCUACGCUGCGGUUUGCCCGGGAAGAAGAAAAUUGUUUGUGAUUUUACUCCCUCUCGAUCGAUUUAUGAUGGUUUGCUCCCGUGGCAGUUGUGGGAUGCAGUAGGUUGAGGGAUACGGAGUGGAUCUCCCGACAAGAUCCCUAUGUCUGCCUCGAAUACGCGAGCACCAAGCACCGCACUCGCACUUGCACAGGUAGAUCACAAAUCGGGUUUGAUUUCGCGGCUCUUCUGUUCUGGUUAUUAAUUCAGGGAAGAAUUUGAUCAUCCAUGCCUGAUGUCUGAUAUUUUUCCUGUUCUCUGUGUUUGUUACCGUCGGGGCGGUACAGAUGGGGGGAAGAACCCUACCUUCCAGGAGAAGUUCGUUUUCAACCUAAUUGAGGGGCUCCGCGAGAUCAACGUCUCCGUCUGGAACAGCAACUCCCUCACCUACGAUGAUCUCAUCGGCAGCGGCAAGUACGCCAUCAACAAUUUCUUUCGGCCUCUUCCUUGCUCGUCCUCAGCUCCGUCGAUCUCCAGCGCUGAUCUCCUUCCCCCAAUCGCUGUUUCAGGAUCCUUCUUAACAAAGUCCUCUCCCAGGGCUACGACGACAUGGCCUGGACGAUCCAGAGCAAGAGAGGCAGGUACGCCGGUGAGGUGACCGUGAUCAUGCACUUCCUCAACGCCCAGGUCUGUCCUCCUCCCUCCAUCUUCAUCAAGCCUUUCCUUCGAUCUUGAUUCCGAAUUGUCUUGCUCACUUCCUUUGCUGCAGAAACCCAGCAGCGCGUGGACCUCAUCAGCGCCGCCAUACACCGGCGUUCCGGCUCCAGCUGGGCACUACCCGGCAUCAUAUCCGCCACCGCCGCCGGCGCCGGCACGAUACCCACCUCCAGCAGGAUACCCGUCUUAUCCCCCAGCUUCCUCCUCGUACCCGUCUUAUCCUCCGGCGGCGCCGCCAGCGUAUCCGCCAACGUACCCCCCCCAGCAGCAGUACCCUCCUCCAGCAGGUGUCUAUCCUCCUCCACCCUACCCGCCAGGUAAAGAAAAUCUCUGAGAGGCCCAUUGCCACCUCUUCUGAUUUCAUCUUCCCUCUCUGGGUCUGGUCUGGGUCGGAGUUUGAAGUUUUCUUCGUGAUCAUCCUCCCAUUCUGCAGGGCCAUACUCAACGUACCCUCCUCCGCCGUACUGA